GCUGUGUGCGUCUCUCUCUCUCUAUGUUAUCUCUUCUCCAUCUCACCACCAAUUUGAAUUUCAUUUCGUGUUCUGCGAUAAAAUAGUCUUCGUCUACGGGGGCUUCGAAAUCCGGCGAUUCGAUCCGUCAUUUCGCUGAAAAUGGUGAUUCGAUUCGAUGCGAUUCUUUUCAUCCAUUAGCAAUGGCUUCCGCUUCUUCCAUGUCCGUGUCUGUGGAAUGCGUGAGCAUAUGUAAUCUAACAAAAGGAGAUGGCAAUGCAAGAAGCGAUUGCAAUGCGCUCUCUUGUGCUUGGAAAGCUCCCAGAGCAUUGACUGGGUUUCUAGCGAGCACUGCUCAUUCACCUCCGUGUUCUUUAUAUUCACACGGUAGAUAUGGAAGAAGGAAUAGAAUAGAAUCAUGUGUUUGGCAGAGAUAUGAACUCGAAGUAGGAUUAUAUGAAGCUUCUCAGUUUGUAAUUGUGAGAAAACUCGUGAAAUCAAGAUUUUCUCUUGUCGGCCAUAGAAGAUGGCGACUGUGUUGCUUACCAUCUGAAUCUUCUGGUGGCUUUGAUGAUGUCACUGUUGAGACAUUGUGGGAGGACCUUCUUCCAUCAAUAUCUUACCUUUCUCACAAAGAACUAGAAUAUGUUCAAAAGGCUCUUAAGCUAGCUUUUGAGGCACAUCAUGGUCAAAAGAGACGUAGUGGAGAACCCUUCAUCAUCCAUCCAGUAGCGGUUGCUCGUAUCCUUGGGGAACAUGAAUUGGAUUGCGAGUCUAUCAUUGCCGGAUUACUACAUGACACAGUCGAAGAUACAAAUGUCGUAACUUUUGAGAAAAUAGAGGAAGAGUUUGGUGCAACCGUGCGACACAUUGUAGAAGGAGAGACCAAGGUGUCAAAACUGGGAAAGUUGAAGUGCAAAACUCAAAGUGAGUCAAUACAAGAUGUUAAAGCAGAUGACUUGCGGCAGAUGUUUUUGGCAAUGACAGAUGAGGUUAGGGUCAUCAUUGUCAAGCUGGCUGAUCGGUUACAUAACAUGCGGACUCUUUGCCACAUGCCUCCGCAUAAACAGUCCAGCAUUGCAGGGGAGACAUUACAGGUCUUUGCUCCUCUAGCAAAGUUACUUGGAAUGUAUCGAAUAAAGUCUGAAUUGGAGAACCUGGCUUUCAUGUACAUAAAUGCUGAGGAUUACGACAGGAUCACAAGAAGAGUUGCCAACCUCUACAAAGAGCACGAGAAAGAACUUACUGAGGCAAACGGAAUUUUGGUGAAGAAGAUUGAAGAUGAUCAGUUUUUGGACCUUGUGACUGUAAAAACUGAUGUUCGAUCUAUUUGCAAGGAGACUUACAGCAUAUAUAAAACAGCACUCAAAUCUAAAGGAUCGAUCAAUGACUACAACCAGAUUGCUCAGCAGUUACGGAUUGUCAUAAAACCAAAAACAUGUGGUGAGGUUGGACCUUUGUGCAGUCCACAGCAGAUAUGCUAUCAUGUUCUUGGGCUAGUUCAUGAAAUAUGGAAGCCUAUUCCCCGAACUGUGAAAGACUACAUUGCAACCCCAAAGCCUAAUGGCUACCAGAGUCUCCAUACCACUGUGAUCCCAUUCUUGUAUGAGAGCAUGUUUCGGCUGGAAGUACAGAUACGAACAGAGGAGAUGGACUUGAUAGCUGAGAGGGGCAUUGCUGCUUACUACAGUGGCAAAGCUUUUGUAGCUGGACUAGUGGGAAAUUCAAUUUCUAUGUGUAGAAGUUCGAGGGGGAAGACAAUUUCUCUUAACAACACAAACUUUGCUCUUCGGGUUGGCUGGCUCAAUGCAAUAAGGGAAUGGCAAGAGGAGUUUGUGGGUAAUAUGAGCUCUAGAGAAUUUGUGGAUACUGUUACUCGAGAUCUUUUAGGCAGUCGUGUUUUUGUAUUCACGCCCAAAGGAGAGAUAAAGAACUUGCCUAAAGGGGCAACUGUAGUUGACUAUGCUUAUAUGAUUCACACAGAAAUUGGGAAUAAGAUGGUAGCUGCAAAGGUCAAUGGUAAUCUUGUUUCCCCAACACAUGUUCUCGAGAAUGCAGAAGUCGUGGAGAUAAUCACAUACAAUGCCCUCUCGAGCAAAUCUGCUUUCCAGCGGCAUAAGCAGUGGUUGCAACAUGCCAAAACUCGGAGUGCAAGACACAAGAUUAUGAGGUUCUUAAGGGAGCAAGCUGCGUUAUGUGCUGCUGAUAUAACACGGGACCGGGUGAAUGACUUUGUUAUGGAUUCUGACUGUGGUGCGGAAGACCUUCCGGAUAGUUCCAGAAAGACUCUGCCAUGGUGGGAGAAGAUCCUCAUGAAUGUUAAGCAGCUCCAGCCACAAGACAGAAGUGGAAACUCACCACCUUCUCAAAAUGGAAGCAUUUGGGCCCCAGAGGUGAACGGAAAACACAACAAGAGCAUCAAACGUUCAACCUUGCAGGAAUUAGAAUUCUUCCCAUCAGGAAAUGGAUCUGCCAAUAUGUUUCCUGCUAAUAUGCCAACGUAUAAGGAAGUCUUGCCUGGUUUAGACAGUUGGCGAGCCAGUAAAAUUGCGUCAUGGCAUCAUCUCGAAGGUCACUCCAUUGAUUGGUUUUGUGUUGUUUGCAUGGAUCGCAAAGGCAUUAUCGCGGAGGUUACAACAGUCCUGGCAGCUGAAGGCAUUGCCGUGUGUUCAUGCGUGGCUGAGAUCGACAGAGGAAGAGGACUUGCAGUGAUGUUAUUUCAAGUAGAAGCAAGCAUCGAAAGUUUGGUUUUUGCUUGCUCAAAGGUGGAUUUAAUACUCGGGGUACUGGGAUGGUCCACGGGUUGUAGCUGGCCAAAAUCAACAGAUGGCACUCGAAUUCUCGAGUGUUGAGGCUCAUGAGGGCUCGGUGUCCCCAGAGCAUGAAGUUUUGUCUCUGUCACUGGAAAAACUGAGAGUCUGGUGCUCUUUGAGUACAGGUCGCGCUGUUAGUUAGCUCUAUGGUUUCUCAAAAAAUCAUCUGCUGAAUGAAAAAGGCGGCAAAAGAAAUAAAAACCAAAACGGAAAUGAGUCAAUUUUGAGCGUAUGUUCAAUCCAGGUCCAUUGUAUAUACAGUCCAAAAGAGAAACAGAGCAUGGACUAAACAUAUAUACAUAUAUAUAUAUAUAUAUGUGUGUGUAUCCUUGUAAAGAUACUUGAACAGAGAAGGUAGGUAUUUACAAAAGGGUAAAUAAUAUCAUUCAAAGUAAUGUCUCCGUUCCCUUGGCACUGAA